UGCUAUUUACACAUAUAAACAUAUAUACACAUAUAAACAUAAACCUACAUACAUACAUACAAAGUUACUUGCAUACUUGACUAGCUAGAAAAGUUCAAUUGAAUCGGUCAUCGGCUGAAGAACGGAUCUGCUUUUAGUGCACUCAUAAAUUUAACAUCUUUUUUUAUGAAAUGCCAAACGAAAGGCAGCACUCUGACGAAGAGGAUCAAAAGCAAAAUCUAAUUAAUAUGAAAGUCGAGCCCGAACGUCGUCAACAUGUUCCCUAUAUUUUGAACGGUGAACUCUAUCGUAUCGAAAGUCAGAAUGGCGAUAAUGUGACAGUAAGGUGCUGCUAUUGUCCGCCGGAUCGUAUUUAUCGCGGUAGCAUACGCUCUACAGGCAACUUUCAUAUGCAUAUCAAGCGCCGACAUGUAUCUUUGAUGGGUAAAUUGCACGAAAUGAAGGUGGCAGCUUUGCUCGAGCGACGUGAUCAAAUUGCCAAGAAUCGUCGCUUAGCCAAAUGUCGUAAGAAAUCAACAAGUCCCGUUGUAGCUUCGGCACCAUCUCCAACGCCAAUUGCAACUACAACAACGCAUCAGCUGAAAAUAAAAAAGGUUUUUCAACGACAUAAACAAGAACAUCACGAACAGGAGGAAGCGGCAGCCAUUCGAAGCUCGAUUUCGCUGUGCGACUCUUCGCAGGAUAACAUCAGUCAAAGCUCAGGAAACCUCUCAACGUCCCAAACUCAAGACAACAACAAUAACAAUACCAACAACAAUGAAAAUACAAUUAUCAAACAAAUGAAUAGUUCACAAAAUCUGGAGGAUUUAAAGAAGCCGUCAGAUAAUUCAACAAUAUUUGAAAAUAUUCAACUAACAACAGUUACCGAGAAUUCGACAACUUUGCCUCGUGCUUUAAAUGUGAAUUUCAUCAAGCCCGAGCAACAGCAACAAGCGAUCGUUGUGCAAUCGGAAGCGGCUAUCGAUCUGAGCAGAAGCUCAUCCUUUCAGAGCGACGAUAUGCAGAGUAUUGAAUUCACCACUGCCAUACAACAAUCGAGUGGUCAAGAGUUGACUACCUAUCUGAAUGGAUCGCGAGGUGGCGACGUGCUGCUACGCAUUGACAACACAUUGCGUAAUAUAAAAGAUGAACUACAGGCGCGCAAUCAAAUCGAACACAAGCGCUUGCUUUUUGAUGUGGCCAAGUUCAAGUUCCAACAUCCCAAUUUCAACUUUAAUCUCACUUAAAAGUGCAGUUUUACUUUUGUUUCUGUGAAAUAAAUUCGCUGCAAUAUCUCAUAUCUAUAAUAUUAAUUAGCUAAUUAUCAAGUUGUUUUUCGAUGUUCAGUAUUUCAAACGGAAAUAAACCUGUAAAACCAA